AUGCAUCGACUAGUGCAGCUAACAGUACGCACAUGGCUAAAGACUCAUAGUCAGCUUGAAUAUUGGAAGGGACAAUUUAUCGAGAAACUAUUUUCUGAAUUUCCGACCGGUCAAUAUGAGAAUUGGGAGAAAUGCCGGUCGCUGUUUCCACACGUGAAAGGAGCGGUGUCGCAACGACUAGAAUCCCAAGUUUCUAUUCAGCAAUGGACUGAGCUACUCUAUAGAGGGGCGUGGUAUGCACAAGAAAGCGGGUAUAUCACAGAAUUUAGGGAAAUGGCAUCGAAGUCAAGAAAGUAUAGAUUGAAAAUUUUCGGUGAAGAGAGCGAGGAGACCCUUAAUAGUACGGCAAUAUUAGCAGAAGCAUACAGUUUAGAAGGGUGGUGGGAGAAGGCGGAGCGGCUCGAGGUACAGGUGAUGGAGACUCGCAAGACCAAGCUCGGCGCUGACCAUCCUAACACGCUGACGAGCAUGGCCAACCUCGCGUCGACGUACUGGAACCAGGGCCGGUGGGAGGAGGCCGAGCAGCUUGAAGUGCAGGUGAUGGAGACUCGCAAGACCAAGCUCGGCGCUGACCAUCCCUCCACGCUGAUAAGCAUGGCCAACCUAGCUUUCACUUUGAAAUCUAGUGGUCGACCUUCGGAAGCUAUCGAUUUGCUUAGAGCCUGCGUUUCCAAGCAGCAACGGAUUUUAGGUCCUGGUCAUCCCGGCGCUAUGUCCAAUUCCGACACUCUGUUGGCAUGGGAAACUAGGGAUCUGGCUAUUGAAGCAUGA